AUGAAGAAGGCUUGGGCCAGCAGCAAGUGCUUCGGAGGUACUAUGAUCUGGAGUGUUGACUUGUACUCUGGAUCGGGCUCAGGAGACACCCCUGACGGUAACAGUUCUUGCAGUUCCGACCCGGGCGGCAGCGGAGGCCAGAGCGGCUCCUCCGAGAGUGGCUGCGGCGGGCUUGUCUACAUAGACCCGUCUAUCUGGCAUGACGAUAACCCGGUCAUCCAAUGCGAGCCUCCAUGCACCUUCAUUCUGCCCCCCUUGACGCUUUCAACCACAACGACUAUCACGUUCCCGCCAUACGUCACGUCUCUCGACGUAGCUUGGUCAAUCUCGACGGGAUGGACGCGCAAGGUCGAGACAACGACACUCACAAUCCCACCGAUUACAACUACCUUGAUACCAGCUUGGUCGUACACCGUCACGUCUCCCGUCACAGGAACUCCGGACCCCUCGGAGAUCUCCACCUUCUAUCCGACAAGCAGUAUACUGCCCCCGCAGUUCAUAAUCACUGACGAUCCCGAUCCCGAGAGCAAGCCUGGCGUCACUCAUCCACCCGUCACCAGGACCAUCACCCCACCUCCCUACCCAUACUCCUUCACCAAGCCCGACCCCUCGGACCCCACGCCGCAUUUCCCAGUCGUCACUUACAAGCCCGGACCAUCGGGCCCGCUCUGCAAGUCUGGCUGCGGCAGCCCUUGUAUCAUCUUCUGCGAUUAUCCAUGUCUGCUCGACUGCCCAGACCCCGGCAACUAUUUCCCUGACCCUGUAGACCCGGACCCUCCCCCCAAGCCUACUCCCGAGGACGAGAGCGACCCCAUUCCUAGCGGGACCGUGGACCCGGACCCGCAGCCCGAGGACCCGGAGGAUGACGAUCCAGAGGACCCCGAGGAAGAAGACGAGGACGACUUGUGCGCUUACGAGUUCAACCUACCAGCGCCCGUGUACGUCGACCCAAACGCGGGCGCCGGGCCCUCGGAAACGAUCUCGCCCCCGGCGCCGACGCCAACGCCCCACCCGGCGCCCGACCCGACACCACCCAGCCCGGACCCGGCGACGGAAAGCCUGCACUGCUACAACGGCGGGUCGGAGACGGACCGCGGCGACAUGAUCAACGCGGUCGGGGACUUCUGCGACUACUACUACGGCAAGGUGCUGGACGCCAGCAUUUACAAUGCAGAGCUCACGCUGAACUAUUACUACCAGUGGAGCGCCCCGACGGGCGGGGCCGGCGCCACAUGCUUCUUCACGGGCGUGUGCGACGUGACGAUCACGCUGAGCGUCACGGUGACCAACGGGUGCCGCUUCACGAUCGACGGCGGGAGCGCGAGCGAUGAGUGCGGGCGCAUCUUUCGCCAGGCGAUCGAUAAAUGCGAUACUAGCAGCACGCAGUAUAAGCAGGGGGGCACCGUCACGAGCAACUGUGCGGUUUGGAGGAUCGAUCCCAAUAUCGAUGACUGA